CCGGGGCUCAGCAGCGACGCAUUCCGACGUGCUGAAUAAGCUGCGGGCGCGGGCGGUCUGGUCUCGAUUCCCCUGCGGGUUGGUGGCGGUGGCAUCAGAACCGCGGUGCAGAUCCCCAGGAGCUGGAGAGCGCGACGGAGGGUCCCCUGAGCCCCCGCAGCCGAAGCGCCUCCGCUACUGCGCUGCUCCCUUCGCCCUGGGCCCCGCCAGCUCCCUCGCGUUUCUUCCAUUGAGGCCGAGGUUCCCAGACUGCCCCAAUCGCCCUGCCACCCCAGUAUCCCUCUUGGAGAAGACCCCGAGGCAGCUGGGCCUGGAGCGUGUGCACCGCCCCUCGGACCUCUCGGUUCUGAAUUUCCCUACCGCGGGCUGCCCCGGGGGGCGGGCCCCGGCCCCAGCCUCCGUGAGGUCACUGCGUGCGGUAGCCAAUCCGCGGCGUCUAAGUGGGCGGUGCCACCGUCGGGUCCCGGGAACCGAACCCAAGAGCGAGACGAGGGGGGCCCCCAUGGAUUUAGGGGGGAGGGGAAAAGCCAUGGGGGGCACCCCUUCGGAACCCCUUUCCCUGGCGCGCGCUCUCCGCUGGAAAAGGCACAGAGAGACACUUUCCCCGGGAUCUUAAGUGUGCGGGAGGCUGGCUGGGGGGCUCAUCCGGUCCCAACGCCCGAGGUUCGGAAAAGAGAGAGUUGGCGGAGGGAGCGGACUACGUGCCGAGCCAUGGCCUAGGCCCCGGCCCCGGCCCCGGCCGCGAUGACCUCUUUGCCCUGCUCCCUCCCUGGCCGGGACGUCUCCAAAGCCAUAUUCCCGGACAUCGCCCCUGUCCCAUCGGUAGUGGCUGCCUACCCGCUUGGCCUGUCCCCCGCAACCGCAGUCGCCUCCGAUUUGCCCUACUCUGGGCCGUAUGGCCACCUCCUGCCCUACUCCUACACUGCGCCGGCGACUCCGGGAGACUCCUACCUGCCCUGCCAGCAACCAGCGGCGCCUUCUCAGCAGGAGCCGAAGGCAGAUUCGGAGAAGCCGCCGCUGUCCCCGGAGCCCUCGGAGCAGCGCCCGCAGGCCCCGCCCAAGAAGCUCCGCAAACCGAGGACCAUCUACUCGAGCCUGCAGCUGCAGCACUUGAACCAGCGUUUCCAGCAUACGCAGUACCUGGCGCUGCCCGAAAGGGCCCAGCUGGCCGCGCAGCUCGGCCUCACCCAGACCCAGGUAAAGAUCUGGUUUCAGAACAAACGCUCCAAAUACAAGAAGCUCCUGAAGCAGAACUCUGGAGGACAGGAAGGGGACUUCCCUGGGAGAGCCCCCUCCUUGUCUCCCUGCUCCCCACCCCUCCCAUCCCUCUGGGAUCUACCCAAGGCAGGGGCCCUGCCCACCGGUGGCGGCUACAGCAACAGCUUUGGGGCCUGGUAUCAGCAUCACUCCCCAGAUGUCCUGGCUCCACCUCAGAUGAUGUGAGUCCCGGGAAGGGUGGGUCGGCCCCUAGUCCUCCACAAAGCCUAGGACCCAGCCCACCUGCACCCCUUCUGGUCCUGGAGGAAACCAGCUCCAGAUGGGUUUUCUCAAGAGGAAAAGGCGCUAGAGAAGAAAAAGGAUGUCUCCCUGUAACCCAAACAGCCUAAUCAAGGACUUUGGUCUUCACCACUGCCCCCCACCACUACCAUAGACUGGACACCUUCCCUCCAGCUGAUCGGAGGCUCUGGAGGGAGAGUCCCUGGCUGAAGGGCAGACUCCUCACAGGACCGCUAGUCUUCCCAUCCCUUCCUUGGACUGCAGUCUCCCGCCAGCCUGGAGGCAACACCAACAAGAAACACUUGAGUAUUUUUUCCUCCUUGUGUGCCUUGUGCCUUGCCCCACCCUGUUCUGAGCAGAAGCGGAAGUGAAGUGGGCAUCCGGUGUCUUCAAGUCGACCACCACCGAGUCCCUCCCACCCUCCACCGAUUUUUCCUGGAGGUCAGCGCGUUACCCCCAUGACUGAUAGAUAGACUGCCUCACCCCCCUGGGACGUGGAAGCGAUGCUGAAAAUGUGGUUUGUGGACCUAUGGGUAAUUGAAGCUGUUCUUCUAAGAAAGAAGGAAAAAAAAGCCUUCUUUUUCCUGUGUCUAUUCAGUUUUAGUAGAUACUGGAUCCGAUUAUCCUUUUAAUUCAACGGGUAUUUAUUAAGAGCCUAUCGCCGCCUUUCCCACCCUUAAUACCCAUCAUCCCCACACUCACAUCCUCUUGGAAACCCAGUAGGGCGACACUUUGGGGAGGAUGGGGGACAAGCAGACUCUCUGGAUGAGUGUAAGGAGAGACACCCCCAAACAGGGAGGGUGGGCUGGUGGUUCAGCUCCUCACUGCUGUCUCUGUCCAAGGGAACCGCUCCUAUUUAUAACCGAUCUAGCAUCCUCCACAUCACGAGCUUUCAGAGAUUAAAUCUGUAUAAAAACCUGG